UUAAUUAGCCGUAGCACAUCUUGGUGCGCCAAUCUUUCCCGUGUGUCCACAAAUGCAGCACUGCUUUAGGCUGAGGUCGGGCACAAUGCUGCAUGAAAACAGCCAAAACAGAAAUAAUUAUGGCCACAAAUAAAGUGGUUAUUGAAGCCCAAAAACUGGAGUCCUGCGGGGCAGCAGGGAAGGGAGACAACUCUAUUCAAGUGAAGAUAUUACAGGUCCCAGCCAAAUCUGGACCCAUCACUGCUGUGCAGGCUCCCCCUGCUGCUGCAGGUGUCUCAAAGUGUGUCUCUGUCUCUGCCCCACCUAAAGUCAUCCCAGUUGGCCAUGUCCACCAACAUACCUCCUCAACAGUAACAGCCCCAGGGCGUCACACUUCUUCUCCUUCUGUCAUGGUGGUAGCAAAGGUGGCCACUCCAGGAGGAGUGGGCGCUAACGGCCAACCACAGGUAACAAAUCCAGCCUUGAGCCAGGCGGCCUCCGUAAACCCGGCCACAACCCCAGGAAGGACAGUGGUGAUAACUGUACCAAGGGCAGCGGGUCCACAGCCGGUCACUGUGGCCCCUCGGCUGCCACAGACUGUCUCCCCACAGCUCCCAGCCAACAUCCAGAUACCACCAGGUAUGAUGUUGAUCUGCAGUGACGGUGGUCAGCUGAUGCUCGUAUCCCAGCAGGCUUUGGCACAGGCUCAGCAGGCACCAAGAGGUGUUACUGGUCAAACACCUAGAAUACUGGUCCCACAGGUAUCUGGAGCAGCUGGAAAUAAAAGUAAUGAGAAGGUGACCGUGAUCAGGAUGGCAGCCACUCCCAGUUUCCACCCAGCACCAGUCCAGAAGACAGCUGUGGUAAAGGUGAUUGGUGUGACUCCCAAACCAGCUGUAGUCCAGACCCUUAGCGCUGUGUCUGAACGGGGGAGCCAGCCUCGCAUUCAGACGGUCGUCACAGAAACAAAAAAGGAGACACCAGCCCCCGUUAGUCAGGCCACCCUGGAAAGUGUGAAGAAGUGCAAGAACUUCCUGGUGACUCUGAUCAAGCUGGCCUCCAGUGACUCCAGGUCUGCCAACAUGGCUAACAAUGUCAGAGGACUGGUCAGGAGUCUGCUGGAAGGGAAGCUAGAAGCAGAGGAGUUUACAGAACAGCUUUACCAUGAGCUGAAGUCCACUCCACAGCCCUGCUUGGUGCCUUUCCUCAAGAAAAGUCUUCCUGCAGUGCGUCGCCUCACUGCAGACCCCCAGUUAUUUAUCCAACAGGCUUCUACUUCAACUGGCAACCUCGUGAAGCAGCCCAGCACUGUCACAGGACAAGUACUCAGUACCAGCCAGCAGGUUAUCCAGCAGCCUCGGGCAGUGACUCUGAGACCGGGUAUGACGACAGUAGUCCAGUCUAAAAAUUACAUAUCGAAGAGCAGCAGACCCAUCCCCAAACACACAGUGGUCCAGUCAGGAAAACCCUUUGCAGGAGUGUUUUCAUUUAAACAGCCUUUCACUCAGGAGCCACCUCGAUCUACCACAUUUGCAUUCAAGGACAGUUCAGGAUCAUACAAAGAGGAUGAUGACAUUAAUGAUGUAGCCUCCAUGGCUGGAGUCAACCUGAGAGAGGAGAAUGCACAGAUCUUGACCACGGUGGUGGGCUCUGUGGUGCAGUCGUGCCAGGAUCAGCCCUUCCUCUCACCAAACCCAGUGCUCAGCCGAAUCCUUCGUACAGGACAGGCAUUGGGAGUAACAGAUGUUGGUCCAGAGGUGGUGGCUCUGGUGUCUCAUGCCACUCAGGAGUGUCUCCGUGGGCUGGUGGAAAAACUCACUGUGAUGGCAGAACACCGCAAGGCAGCCCUGAAGGAGGACUCGUGGCAUGGCAAAGUGAGUGAUGUACGCUCCCAGCUUCGCUUCCUGGAGGAAGUGGAGAGUUUGAAGAAGAAGAGGAGAGAUGAAGAGGAAAGAGAGACACUGUUGCGUUUGGCCAGAAGUCGCUCACACGCUGAGGAUCCACAGCAUCAGCAGCUCAAGCAAAGAGCCAAAGAGUUACAACAAAUAGAAGAAGCUCAGUUGCAGCAAAGAGAGGCCAACCUCACCGCUCUGGCUGCCAUCGGGCCUCGCAAGAAGAGACCUCUGGAGCAGACUGAAAGCCAGGUGACCCUGCUGCCCAGACAGGGUGUUCAGAGAGUGACGCGGGUCAUGCUGAGGGAUCUGCUGGUGUGUAUGGAGCAGGACCACUUCCUGUGCCACUCUCUCACUCUGUACAAAGCCAUGGUCUGACAGCCUUAACUGUUAAUGACUGGAUCGGCCUAAUAAUAAUCUGCAGCAGAUCUUUGUUUUUUGUUCUUAGUUUCAGUUGUAUCAAAUAUCUUUCUGUUUAUUUAAUAUUCAUUUUGAGUGUGAUGAUCGUUGGUGGUUAUCAGCUGCUCUCUAGAGCACUCCUUGUUUUGGUUUUGAUUGAAAAGAUGAGAGUAGAAGAUGAAACAGCGCUGUUUACUGAAAAGUGUU